AUGCAAAAAAUGAGUCGCGAGCGGAAACGACGUAGUUCAUCCAUAGUCGAGAUGGCGUUGGUCAAUGCCGGCAUAACAAGGAAUGUUCCGCAGUGUCGAAGACGAUUGAGUUAUGAUCUAAACACAUCUGCGGCUUGGUCAACUAAUAGCAAUACAAAGCAGUUUAACAAAACGUUAGAGCCAGCUUCUAUCAGAAUUGACACUUCGAAAGAUUUAGCUUUUCCGGUUCUUGCCGAUAGUUUAAUAUCCACCGCCACAGAUCACACUGAAAUAACUGCAUCGAUUAAUGCUACAAGCAUAUCGGUUGAUCACGAAUUUAAUAUCACUUUAACUGCUGAACCAGAUAUUGAAGAACCGACUUUGAAUCAUCACCAAGUUGAGAAAAACACACAAUAUACAUCACUUACGUCAGAUCAUGAUGUACCGUCUACAUCGGCAGGACCAAGCAAAGAAUCUAUCGUAUCAAAUCCAAUUAAAAGUAAAGUUGGUAAAAGAAAAUCCAACAAAGAUAUUAAAUAUAUUGACUAUAUGUCAGAUCAAGAAGACUUUUCUACUUUUUAUGGUGACAUAGCUGAUUCAGAUAAUUGGUCAGAAGGACAAGAAGGAAUAACAUCAGAAGAUGAUUUGCUGUCAGAGGAACAAAAAGUUAAAAGAAAUAAAAGGUACACCAAAAAGGGGUCAAAAAUCAAAGACAAUGGCAAUACCCAAGAUGAUGUAGUCGGAGAAUCUGCGAGGAGAAUAAAAAAAUCCAAUUCAAGAAAAGAACGGUCAAAAAACAAAAAUUCUGGUCAACAAUAUAUAACAAAUAAGGGUGUCGUUGUACCAGCAAAAACUGUAUUGGCUAAUCCUUGUUCUGGCAAGAAAUGUGGCAAUGACUGCGGGUCUCUGUCUGAAGAAAGAAGAGAAAGCUUAUUUAAUUUUUUUUGGAAUCUUGACAAAACACGUCGCCGUGAUUGGUUAGUAUCCCUGUCUCAAAAAGAAAAUAUUAAACGGAAACGCACCGAUUCUAAUAAGCGCAACUACACUAUCAAAUAUUUUAUCAACGAAGGAGAAGGUAGAAGAUUUGUUUGCCAACAAUUUUUAGCAGCCACUCUGAACAUUUCUGAUAAAACAAUUUACAGUAUAGUAAAAAAUGCUUCUUGGGGAUGUACACGAGAAGAUAUGAGAGGGAAAUGUGAGCCACCAAAUAAAACCAAAAAUCCACUAUAG